UCGUCUCUAUUCGAACGGUUCUCGGCGUCGAUUCCUCUUGGACGACGCGUGGCGGAGUCGAAGGGGAACGGACGAGGAGGGAGGAUGGGGACGGGCACGGAGGAGCCGAGCAGCAGCGGGGGCGGGUCCGCAAGCCGCGCGCGAGGGCUCGCCGUGAAGGCGCUCGUACUGCUGGGCGGCGCAUUGCUGCUUAAGUGGCUGAGGAAGUCCACCACCCGAUGGGAUCACGCCCGCGCCGUCGCCGAUUCCCUCAUCGGAGAGAAGUUCUCUCGAGAGCAGGCUCGCAGGGAUCCCGCUGGCUAUUUCAAUAUGAGAACGCUCACAUGCCCAGCGACAGAGAUGGUAGAUGGCUCAAGGGUUUUAUACUUUGAGCAGGCAUUUUGGAGAACUCAUCAGAAACCUUUUCGACAAAGAUUUUAUAUGGUGAAGCCUUGCCCAAAAGAGAUGAAAUGUGAUGUUCAGUUGAGUUCUUAUGCAAUAAGAGAUGUGGAAGAGUACAAAAACUUUUGUGACCGUCCGAAGGAUCAGAGACCACAGCCUGAGGAGGUUAUUGGGGAUAUCACAGAACAUCUAACAACUGUUCAUCUAUCACGAUGUGAACGUGGAAAGCGCUGUUUAUACGAAGGUUCAACUCCACCCAGCGGCUAUCCCAAUUCAUGGAAUGGCGCAUCAUACUGUACGUCUGAGCUUAUAGUUCACAAGAACGGUGAAGUGCAUACUUGGGACAGAGGCUAUGAUGAUGAAGGCAAUCAGGUCUGGGGUCCAAAGGCAGGUCCUUACGAAUUCAAACCUGCAACACCACCGUCAAGCUACGACUACAUGUUUUCACCUUUGAACUUACCCUCUGUGUUGGCAUUGGAGAAGACAUGCUUUCACCUUUGAACUUACCCUCUGCAUUGGCAUCCGAGAAGACGAGGGAGAUCUCUUUUACAGUCGGGUUCAUGAUGUAAUCCUGUUGGCAUUUAAAAUUUUAUUCUAUUUUUCAAAUAUUUGUUCUCCUCACGAACGAAAGAACGUUCCCGAGAACACCGUUGAGUUAACCGCUCAGCAUGAGUGAGAGAUGCCCAGUUUGGCAGAAUCUCCACCUCACAGCAAGAAGAAACCCGAACUCUUUGGGCGUACUGUUUUCUUGGAUGCUGUGGUCCAUUGGACUUUGGUUCCUGUUGUCACGCUAGAGGACGAAGGUCAGCAGUCAAGACAGGAAUGCUUAUACAAAUGAUCGAUUAUGCCCUGUCAAAGGAGAAUUUGGCCUAUAAUGAAGAAGAUGGUGGAGGAUUGUACAUAGCACAGCAGUUGCUUCAAGAUGAGCCAGAGAAAUUUAUAUGGGGCAUGAUAAAAGUGAAGGGUAGAGAGAUUAGUGAGCGAAGAAAUGGGAAGACUGUCCUUCGCUUCCUUUUUCUGUUCAUGUUUCCUCGCUUUUCAUCUCUACCAUCAUAUAAUUCUCAAGAGAUUGGAGCAAACUACAACAAUUAAUUACUUUUGCAUUAGUUAAUCAAUCAGCUGCUCUGUCGGGUUAUGGUUUAUGAUGAAUAUUGUCUAAAGCCUUCCACACACGAAGAAGGCCAAUCCAUAAGCAUCAUCAGUGCUUGAUAAGAGUUCAGAUAGGCGUCAGAACAACUCGGCCCCUUAAUAAUUUUCAAGAAGACGAACGAUUCCAUUUUUACUCUUUUGUCCGCACGCACGCGCCGGCACACGCAUGCACGCUCGUGCGGACGAUAACCAUGAGACUGCCAUUUAUUCACAUUUUUGGAGCAAUGAUUCAUACAGAGGCUGUUAUACUUUGUUUAUCAAAAGAAAAAAAAAAGACAUCAUAUUUGGACACAAAAUGUUUGUUCCACAGAAACCUAUAGACACCCACCCAGUCCUUCAACCAAUCAUGAAUCAUAUGCC